AUGAUUGGGAGGAGGGCAGGGACCCCCCGUCAGACGAACCUGAAGAGACACGCGCGGUGCCACUCGGGAGAAAAACCCUUCAGCUGCUCGUUUUGCAGUAAAAGCUUCAACCGGAGGGAACACCUGGUGGCCCACGUCAGGCGUCACUCGGGAGAGAAGCCGUUCAGCUGCUCGGUCUGCGACGCCAGUUUCAGCCACGGCUGGAGUCUGGAGAAGCACACGAGGGUCCACACCGGCGAGAAGCCGUUCGGCUGCUCGCUCUGCGGCAAAAGCUUCCGGCAGCGCUCGGAUAUGGUCGCGCACGUCCGCAUCCACACGGGAGAAAAGCCUUUCUGCUGCUCGGCGUGCGGCGCCAGUUUCGCCCAGCGGCACACUCUGGUUCAGCACGCCAGAACCCACACAGGCGCCAAACCGUUCGCCUGCUCGGUGUGCGGGAGGAGUUUCUCCCAGAAGGGACACAUGACGCGGCACGUGGCGGCGCACGGCGGCGAGAAAGCGUUCCGCUGCGGCGUCUGCGGCCAAAGCUUCGCGUGGCAGACGCAGUUUAAAAGGCACGAGUGUGCCGGGGGCAGCCGCGUGGCGACACGGCGGUAA